CUCGAUUGCGGGUCCCCGUCGUUCGCAGAGAGAAGCAGUGCGAUUAGCACCAGCGCAGCCCUCCAGCGUUGAAGCACUGCAAGACCUCUACCUCGCCGUCGCUGCGCACUGGUCCGCUCGCCUGCUCAAAGGUACCCGGCAGGCCCGACACCUUGGUUGCGCCCGUCGACACGUCCCAGACGCAUCCCGAGACAACCUCCGGCCUGUUGCUAGAUUGUACCGCACCUGCCUCCAUUUCUCAUUCUUAUUCCCUCGGAUUGAAUUUGUAGCAUCUUUUCCCCCGUCCAUAGAGCCCCGAGCCCAACAUGGAUACCCUAUUGACUGCUGAGAUCUAUGCCAACUCACCCCGCUUCCGGCGGCGGUCGAGCACCUUUGUUGACGCCAUCCACGACCUGCCCCAGAAGGAGGAAAUGGCCCCGGCCCAGCUCUACAGCACAGAAUCAGGCCGACUCUUCCACUCUGGACGCAUUGUGAUUGCCACCGUCGGCUUGCCCGCCCGUGGCAAGACGCACACCUCGGUCGCCGUUGCCCGCUACCUACGAUGGCUGGGUGUCAAGACCCACGUGUUUCAUUUGGGCGACUAUCGUCGCGCCACGCUUGGCCCUGGCAAAGAUGUCCCCGACGACUACUUCUUCCUCAAUGCUUCACCACAGUCGGUCCUCCUCCGGAACAAGAUCCUGAAGAAAUGCCGCGAAGACAUCUACCAUUUUCUCGAGCACGACAAGGGCCAGGUCGCCAUCUACGAUGCAGUCAACGCCAUCUCCAUGGGCCGCAAGUCACUGGCCAAAGAAUUCGCCAAGAACGGCAUCCAGACCAUCUUUAUUGAAUCCCACUGCACUGACGAACGCAUCAUCCAGGAAAACGUACGCCGAGUGAAGAUCUCAUCACCUGACUAUCAAGGGUGGACCGACGAGGAUGCUGUUCAAGACUACCUUGCUCGCAUCAAUUCCAGGAUACCGCACUUCGAAACAAUGGAGGAGCCGGAGCUACAUUGGAUCAAGAUGAUCAACGCCGGUGAGCGUGUGGUGGUGAACAAUUGCGCGUUUGGAUACCUGUCACAACGAAUUGUCUUCUACCUCCUUAAUCUGCACAUCAAAUCGCGUCAAACGUACUUUGCUCGAGCUGGCACUACACGGGAUGAAGACUCGUACAAGAUCGAUGCGUCAUUGUCUCCAGAGGGCCGCGACUAUGCAAAGAAAAUGAGCGAUGUGCUGAUGAAAUAUCGCGAAGAAGAGAAGGAGAACAUGAUCGCACAAGGCGCGAGAGAUGCCGCUCUCAAACCGCUCACCAUAUGGACGUCGACGCGCCACCGAACCGUGCAAACCGCAGAGUAUCUCGCCUCCAAGGGUUACCGCGUAAGACAGCGAUCGCAGAUGAGCCAAAUGAACCCGGGUGUGUGCGAAAAGAUGUCGGAAGCCAAGAUCCGUCAGGAGUUUCCCGACGAAGUUGCUAAGCACGAGCAAGACCCGUACCACCACCGAUACCCGCGAGCAGAGUCAUAUCAUGACCUCGCGGUGCGCAUGGAGCCCAUCAUUCUCGAGCUUGAGCGAGAAGAAAACGACCUCCUCAUCAUCGCGCACGAGUCGGUUCUGCGAGUGCUAUACGGAUAUCUCAUGGCCUGCAACGCUGCCGACAUCCCCAAGCUCGAGUUCCCGCGUGAUGAGAUCAUCGAGAUCAUACCCUCCAGCUACAACAACGUUGCCAAGCGCAUCAAGAUCCCUGACCUCCCCGAAAGCAUGGUCCCUGGCAGCCCCGAAGAUAUCAAGAUCCCCGUGCCCCCAAGCGGUGCUGUAAGUCCCUUCUCCGGCAUUGGCACGCCGCAAGCCGGGUCGGGCACCGCGACGCCCCAGCUACAUACGCCCCAGCCCCUGAAUCUGAGGAAGUCGCACAUCAGCCCUUCUGAUUGAGCGCUGGCGCGUAUUAACUUUCUGAGAUGCAGGCCCGCCACCGCUAUCGGUACUGCGCAACGAUGGAUAACGAGUGGCUGAGCCAGCAAACGAACAUCGGCUCUGAUUCCGACUGAGGGAGUUUGACAUGGGCUUGCGAGGGGCGCGCUGAUCUUCUUGCAAAGAUUCCUAGUUGGCGGGUGGGGGCAGGGCAGGGCGGGGAGGUGCAGAUGACAUGACGUAUGGCUCAACGUAUAUAAAGACUCCAGAAAAUGCAUGCAUGCUUGAACGCC